CUCAUCAUGUUCUGCUCGUCUGAAGGAGACGUGGCCGUCUGGACCGGAGUGAGAGGGAGCCGGUAGGGGGACGGGGACGGGGACGAGCUUCCGCCGCCUCAGGUUGACCCCAGCGAAGAGCCGUGUAGAUAAAAGUUCCCUUAGAGUUGGUUUUAUUUGUUUUAAACAUGUCAAGAGUUUGGCCACUUGCACUUUUUCUCUGCCUGAUGCUGAUGGUGUCCAGAGGUCCGAGCCUGGCGAGCGAGGACUCGGGUCACGGGGACUCGGGUCACGGGGACUCGGGCUCUGACCACGGGGGCUCCAGCGCCGGGAACGGGACCGGCUCGGGUCACGGGGACUCGGGUCACGGGGACUCGGGUCACGGAGGUGGACCCAUCACCACGCUGCCCAUCGUCACCUGGAAGUGGCACCAUGUCACCACGCCGUACCUGGUGGCGCUCUGGAUCCUGGUCUCCUGGAUCUGCAAACUCAUCAUCGAGUCCAACCACUAUGUGACCAACAUCAUCCCGGAGAGCGCCCUGCUCAUCUGCUUCGGCUUCAUCCUGGGGGGGAUUAUCUGGGGUGCAGACAAGGUGCAGACAUUCACGUUGACCCCCACCGUGUUCUUCUUCUACCUGCUGCCUCAAGUCAUCCUGGACGCCGGCUACCACAUGCCCAACAAGCUCUUCUUCAGCAACAUGGGGGCCAUCCUGGUCUACGCCAUCAUCGGAACCUGUUGGAACGCAGCCAGCGUGGGGCUGUCCUUGUGGGGGUGUCACAUGGGCGGGGCCAUGGGCGACCUGGACAUCGGCCUGCUGCAGUAUCUACUGUUCGGCAGCCUCAUCGCGGCGGUGGACCCUGUAGCCGUCAUCGCCGUGUUCGAGCAGGUCCACGUCAACGAAGUCCUCUUCAUCAUGGUGUUCGGAGAGUCGCUGCUCAACGAUGGCGUGACGGUGGUGCUCUUCAAUGUAUUUGAUUCGUUUGUGUCACUCGGAGGACCCAAAAUCAAUGCAUGGGAGAUCAUUAAAGGAAUAAUUUCCUUCUUUGUGGUGGCUUUUGGCGGUUCCAUCCUGGGCUUCGUGUUCGGCCUGCUGAUAUCGGUCUUGACCAAAUUCACUAAAAACAUCCAGAUCAUUGAGCCCGGCUUCAUCUUCGUCCUGGGAUACCUGGCCUACCUGACAGCUGAAAUGCUGUCGCUGUCCGCCAUCCUCUCGAUCUUGUUCUGUGGGAUGUGCUGUCAGAAGUACAUCAACUCAAACAUGGACGAGAACUCCGUCCAGACCGUCAGGUACGCCAUGAAGGUCUUUGCCAACGGCUCCGAGACCAUCAUCUUCGUCUUCCUCGGCAUCUCCGCCAUCGAUAAGGUGAUCUGGGUGUGGAACACGGGCUUCAUCCUCCUCACGCUGCUCUUCAUCUUCGUGUACCGAUUCAUCGGUGUCUUUUUCCUCACCUGGAUCCUGAACAGGUUCCGGCUGGUGCCUCUGGAGAUCAUCGACCAGGUGAUCAUGAGCUACGGAGGCCUCCGCGGCGCUGUGGCGUACGGCCUAGCUACGAUGCUGGACGAGAACAAGAUAAAGGAGAAGAACCUGAUGGUGUGCACCUCGCUCAUUGUGGUCUACUUCACUGUCAUCCUCCAGGGCAUCACGAUGAAACCUCUGGUCACCUGGCUCAAAGUGAAGAGGGCCGCGGUAACCGAGCUCACGCUCAUAGAAAAAGUGCAAAACAGGAUGUUUAACCACAUGCUGGUCGCCAUAGAAGACGUAUCAGGACAAAAAGGACACAAUUACAUGAGAGACAAGUGGAAAAACUUUGAGGCGAGGUGGAUGUCGGGGCUUCUGAUCAAGCAGUCGGUGAGGAAGAACCAGGAACACCUCUUCGAUGUCUUCCAUCAGCUGAACCUCAAAGAUGCCAUGGAGUACGUGAAAGAGGGCGAGCGCAGAGGCUCUCUGGAGUUCGUCCGCAACGACAGCGCCUUUGUUGACUUCAAGAAAAAGUUUGACGACGACGUCUCGGAUGCCAUGCCUGACAUCACGGUCAACAUGGGGGACGACCGCGGUCCAGCAUCAGCCACGAGGAGAGACCCGGUGCCGUCGGUGAGUCUGGAGAUGCACGAACAGACCAUGAAAGGACUGAGGGAAGCUGAGGACCUGAACUCUCACCACCUUCUGGACCAGCAUCUCUACAAGAGCAGGAAUCAGCACCGGCAUCGAUACAGCCGCAGCCAGUUCGGCAUAAACGAGGAUGAAAGUGAGGUGCAGGAGAUCUUCCAGAGGACCAUGAGGAGCCGCUUGGAGUCCUUCAAGUCUACAAAGAUGGGCGUCGCCCCGGCAAAGAAGAUUUCCAAGCACAGCAAGAAAGAGCAGAAGAUGCAGAAUGGAAAGAGUAAGAUGCACCACUCUGGAGAGGAAGACUUUGAGUUCUCAGAAGGAGACGCUGCGUCCGGCUACGACAGCUCCUUCACUAUGUUCCCCAUGAGAGGCAUCGAAAACCCGGCCUUCCAGCCGGACCUGGACCCCUCGCCGACGCUGCAGGUUCCCCCCUGGCUGGCGGAGGUGGAGCUGGACAGCACCGCCGUGGCACCGUCGCAGCGAGCCCAGGCCCGGCUCCCCUGGACGCCUAGCAACCUGCUGGCCCCGCCGCCUCCGCCGCCGCCCCCCCACAGAGACGGAGACCGCCUGUAGCAGGCCCCGCCCCGGCCACGCCCCCACAGAGACCACCUUUAACAGGCACCUGUGUGAAGCUGGCCCCCCACCCGCUGAUUUGUGCAGAAGGAAUUUUUGUUUGUGCUGCUUUAGUUUUUAAGAUAUCACGUUAUAUUUCAAAGGUCAUUCUAAGUUCAUGCAGCCCCCCGACUUGACUGUUUGUUCGGCGUUGGAGGAAAAUAAAUACGGACACAGUUGGAUAACACGGAAAUGGCUUGUGGUUUGUGUAGCGAGUCAGCAGUACCAUGGUCCCUCACUUAGCCUCUCUGAUUUCGUUUUUGGUUUGGAGUCACUAUAUCUUUGCCAACAAAAAAUAUACACCCAAACGGCAUAUGUGGACACGGAUCACACCACACAGUGCAUAACUGCAACGCCAGUCUGGUCGCAACACAGACUUCAUACCGGUAGGACUGCAUCACUCGCAUUCAUUCAUGCUGUGUGUUUUGGAUUGAACGCAGUUUGAUUGACAGCGCGUCUAUUGGGGAGCGCCUCCUGUAUGUGAAAGUCCGCUGAGAUGCUGUCUUGCUCGUUGAGAGUGAUUAUCUGUGGUGUUUUUUCAAGACUUAUGGAUGUGAAACAAACGAUCUGUGGAAAAAAGAUCAAAGUCGGGGGGCUGCGUGAACUUAGAAUGACCUUUGAAAUAUAACGUGAUAAUUUUAAAAACUAAAGCAGCACAAACAAAAAUUCUUUCUGCACAAACCAACACUAACGCAGCACAAACGAUGGAGAAUAUUUUCACUGAGUUUUGCGUGGGGUGGGGGGCCAGCUUCACGCAGGUCAGCAGGCCCCGGCCACGCCCCCCAGAGACCACCUGAUCAGGCCCCGCCCCUGCCUCACCCUGGCCCCGCCCCUUCCUCCACCUGACUGCCAAAGACACUGAGGCCGGGGUCGGAGGUCAGCCCGCCGUCUCCUCGGACGGAACAGGAAGUCCUCCCCUCUGAUUGGCCGGACGGGGGCCGCCGGAGCUUCUCAUCCCUGAAUGUGAUGCACAAGUUUUUAAUACGCUGUAAAAAAAAAAUGAGACAAAUCGUUGACGUGAAAUCAGCUGCAUGUGAUCCGGAUGUUUGUGUUUUCCUGUUCGAGCCACUGAUGAGGACUUAUUUAUUCACAGAUUAAGUAAAUGUGAGGAUGUGCACAGAGGAAAAAAAAAACGUAUAAAUAUACUUUGCUCUGACUGAAUGUAUUUAAAUUUGACUUACAAAUAAAAGUUAGGAAACUU